AUGGAGUUCUACGUCAUGGACGAGGACACUCCGCUGCUGCGGCUGCCAGAAGAGUCUCCGCGCGACCCGGAGCUUGCCUCGUACCCUGUGGCCGUCAAUAGCGGAGACUCGAAUUCCAUGCGUCGCAGUCUGCCAACGACUGAGCUAGAGCUGAACGUGGACAAGAUAUCGUUUCUCUUCAGCCCCUCAGCACGACACGGUUACGGCAGUCCUCAUAACUACAAGAGCUUCGCCGACGUCCCGCUCAACGGAUCAAUGCAGGACCGCGAUGAACUCAACAUGCUGGAUCCGUACUUCGACGUGACCCCGCCGCGUCUCCGUGUGGCUUUCGAAGGUGCAGCACCAGAGGAAGGAGGAGACUUAAGCUACGAUGGAUUCCGUGUUGCAUUGGAGACACUAGGCAUCCGAUGCUCGGACGACUCGGUGUUUCUAAAGCUGUUUGACGCUGCAGUGCAUCGACUCAAGUUGAUGCACAUGUUCGACGAAGGAACUGUACAAGAGAUGAGAACUGCGGGCUACCAACAAGCAGCACUAUCUGUAUCCGACUUCUCAAGCACCAGACUGCAGAGUUUUGCCUUACGACAGGAGAAUUUACACGAGUUCUUCACUGCACAUCGACCCGAGUGGGUGAACGUGCGUUGGAUCAACUUGGACGGACGAGAUAGUCUGAACCUCAAGAGAUUGGCUAUCAAGUAUCGCCUGCAUCCUCUUGCUAUUGAGGACACGAUCGAGGGUCAUGAACGACCCAAAUUUGAUCGAUAUGAUGGCCAUCUGUUCCUUGUGUUCCCAGUGCUGAGGAUGCAAGUGGCAGACAAAGGACUUCCUUUGGAACGCAAGCGCAAUCGACUGUUCUCAGACACAGGAGGGGUACCUCUGCCGACUUUUGUCAAGCGCAUGUCGUUCCACCGAAGUAUCAGUGCUGCCACGGACGGCACCGAAGAGGACGACGAAGAGCCUUUUAAGCUGUGGAUCGAGCACGUAUUUAUCUUCGUCGUGGAUAAUGACACGGUCAUCACAGUCAAAGACGGCGGCGACAGUGAUAUUUGGGCCGAACUGAACCGCCGAUUGGCUGUGCCAUACUCCAAGCUACGGCAUAAUGAUGCAAAAUUCCUUGUGUACUCGGUGCUCGACGUGAUCGUGGACCAGGUAACGAGCGUCGUUGACUCGAUCACGGAGUGUUUAAUCGCGCUUGAGAACCAACUGGAACAAGAGCGUCAUCGCUUCGAGUUGCGCUCGUUGAGGGUAUUGAAGAACGAGUUGUUUCGACUUCCUCGACUGCUUAAAGCAGCACGAGAGGUGCUGAAGAAUAUCAUCGAGAGCAAAGAUUUCGACGCUACAGUGACCGACUACGUCCGUGAUGUUCACGACCACGUGGUUGUUGCACUUGACGAUAUCGAGCAGCAACUGCAGAUGUGUCGCCAACUCACGGAAGAAUACCGAGACGCCAAGGCGAAUCAGAUGAACUACGUCAUCUACACACUCACAGUAGUGACGACAGUUUUCUUACCUGGCCAAUUUCUCACUGGGGUGUACGGCAUGAACUUCGACGACAUGCCCGAACUUCAUGAACGGUAUGGCUACGCGCUUUUCUGGAUCUUUGCGAUUGCCAUCGCUGCUGCACUGCAACUGUACUUCCGCUACAAGCAAUGGAUUUGA